AAGUAAAGCACAAAUAUAUUUUUUAUAAGGAGAGGGAGAGAUAGGGUAAAAUAAAAACAGCUUCGAACCGCAACAACAACAUGCGUAGCAGUCGAUCUAUACUAGUACAUCUCUUCUGAUUCUCUCUCUCUCUCUCUCUCUCUCUUCAGGGUGCUUCAAAAUGGCAGAACCUUCCAAAGUUAUUCACGUUCGCAAUGUUGGGCAUGAAAUUUCUGAAAAUGAUCUGCUUCAGCUUUUCCAGCCAUUCGGAGUGAUAACUAAGCUUGUCAUGCUUCGUGCUAAAAAUCAGGCUCUCCUCCAAAUGCAAGAUAUCCCUUCCGCCAUUAAUGCUCUGCAAUUUUAUGGAAAUGUCCAGCCGACCAUAAGGGGUAGGAAUGUUUAUGUCCAGUUCUCAUCACAUCAGGAACUAACCACAAUGGAUCAAAAUUCCCAAGGACGGGCAGAUGAGCCGAAUCGAAUUCUUUUAGUUACAAUCCAUCACAUGCUAUAUCCUAUUACAGUGGAAGUGCUACAUCAAGUUUUUUCUCCUCAUGGAUUUGUGGAGAAGAUUGUCACAUUUCAGAAGUCGGCUGGUUUUCAAGCCCUUAUUCAGUAUCAGUUACGCCAGAGUGCUGUUGCAGCUAGGACUGCUCUUCAGGGACGUAAUAUAUAUGAUGGUUGCUGUCAGCUGGACAUCCAAUUUUCAAACUUGGAUGAGUUGCAAGUGAACUACAAUAAUGAUCGAUCAAGGGAUUUCACUAACCCACAUCUGCCUGCUGAACAGAAAGGCAGAUCUUCACAAGCUGGAUAUGGUGAUGCAGGAGUUGCAUAUCCACAGAUGGCCAAUGCUGCUGCUAUUGCUGCUGCCUUUGGUGGAGGUCUGCCUCCUGGAAUCAGUGGAACAAAUGAUAGGUGUACGGUUCUCGUGUCCAAUUUAAAUCCUGAUAAAAUAGACGAGGAUAAACUCUUCAACCUGUUUUCCUUAUAUGGGAACAUUGUGAGGAUUAAACUUCUCCGCAAUAAACCUGAUCAUGCACUUGUUCAGAUGGGGGAUGGCUUUCAGGCUGAAUUGGCAGUACACUUCUUAAAGGGUGCGGUGCUUUUUGGGAAGCGAUUGGAGGUCAACUUUUCAAAGCAUCCAAAUAUAACUCAAGGUGCUGAUACGCAUGAGUAUGUCAAUUCUAAUCUCAAUCGCUUCAACCGCAAUGCUGCAAAGAACUACAGGUACUGCUGCUCACCAACAAAGAUGAUCCACCUUUCUACUCUACCUCAGGACAUCACAGAAGAAGAGAUUGUGAGCCACUUGGAGGAGCAUGGCACCAUUGUCAACACCAAGCUCUUUGAGAUGAAUGGGAAAAAGCAGGCCCUUGUUCUGUUUGAAACAGAAGAGCAGGCCACUGAAGCGCUUGUGUGCAAGCACGCCAUAUCAGUUGCUGGGUCAAUAAUCCGGAUCUCCUUCUCCCAGCUACAAUCAAUUAGAGAAUCCUCAUAAAACAAUGAAUGGGGGUAAGGAUUCGUCUUCCAGUGGAAAUCAACUUUUAAGGAUUGGUACUCAGCAAAGGAUAUUUAGUAUGUUGGUUUCGUUGCUUGCUUCUUUUUGUCUUGUAACAGUUCAUUUCUUCUAUGACUGAUGGAUGCUCUUGUUUCUUAUUUACCAUCCUUCUUACUCUAAUAUUUGUAGCAAUUAUUUCUUUAGGUUUUUGUUGAAUAUGAGGAUUCCGAGUAGAUUCCUUCGUCUGCAGCAGAAAUGCUCAAUUUUGAAAGUAGGAAGGGAGAGUGAAUGUAUCAUCCUUUUUUUUAGUCAUGCUUUUGUAUCAGUUUUGUAAAUUUUGCUUAUAAAUUCAGGCUAAUUGGGCGUUUUCUGAUGUUUCUUAACCCAAGCCCAAUUUGUUCUA